AUGCAACCGAUCAUCCCUUUGCUGGUUGCCGAGAAGUUCGAUUUAUCGGCUGAACUUUGGGGAGCCUCCUGUGCUGCAGAAGGUCUUGCAAAGAUCCUGUGUGCCGUGCCCUUGGCAGUUUGCUUGAAAUCUUGGGGUCGAAAACCGGUCUUGGUCCAGUCUUUCUGGCUCCUGGCCCUCUCCAUCCUGGCCUUGGCGCACAACAGCAGCGUGUGGGGGCUCAUGGGCGGCAAAUUCUUGAUCGGCUUGGCCGUCGUGGCACAAAACUCUGCCAUGCAGCUGUAUCUCACUGAUAUCUCCAGUACUGAGAACAAGAGCCGGGUCAUGGCACCGGUCCUGAUGGCUGAGAAGCUCUUCAGUGUGGUUGGGCCUUUAGUGGGCGGCAAGCUUCUUGAAUCCUACGGAGUACAUCAGGCGAUGAUGAAAGUCGCUGCAGCCACGUCUAUGCUGGCUUUGAUAAAUCAAUGGAUGCUGAAGGAAACAAAGCCAACCGACAUUGGCCAUGUCCCGAAGAAGACAGAGAGUGCGCUGAAGCGUUACAAAGAACUUUUGCAGGAUGCACGCAUCCGUGAAGCUGUGAUUUUCUCAGCCUUCUAUUGGGGCAUUUUUGCAAGUGUCCUCUACUGCAUAGUCCCAUUGAUGCUGGCUCAAGUCUUUGGCUAUGGUGCUUGGGCUUUUUCUUUGGUUCUGGCUGCCUCCAACCUCAUGUGCUUCUUUUGCGCCGGGCCUGUAGCCCAGCUUUCGGAUCGCUUCGGGCGCAAAGCGGCCUUGAUCCCAGGGAUGCUGCUUGUGGGACUUGCACCCUUGCUCCUGGCUGCCGUGCCGCAGUUGCUUCAGAAUGCAACGACUUCACUGCUGAAACCGCUGAUCUUGUCACUGUCUGUGGGCUCCUUAGCAUUGGGCAUGGGAUUGGUCGGGGGGGCCUUGCCGACGAUCUUCACCGAUGGCGUGCCUUCAAGACUCCACGUCGAGUCCUUAUCGUUCUUAAGAGCUUCGACUGAGCUCGGCUCGGUGCUAUUGACCCUCACCAUGUCUUCCAUGGUGGGAUCCAUUGGCUUCACUUGGCCAUUGCUGGGUGGAGGCUUGUGUGCCCUCUAUGCAGCUGCACGUUUUGCGCUGAAAUACAGGUUCAGCACCUACUUCAUUGACCCUGAUGAGGAUGCGGCUUCCAGUUUGGGCCUGUCGGUCCGUGGUGUGGCCACCGUGGAGGUCUCUCCGUCGAUGUUGCUGUCUCCGCCAAAGAUCACGGCUGUGUACCCGCGGAUGGUGCCCUGGAUCGAUCGAAGUCGCCGGGUCAUCGACAACGACGAGGAUCCAAGUCUCUUGGUGGUUGGACUUGGCUUCGUGAACACCAACCGUUUGCGCUGUCAGUUGAUCGACACGUUUGGGCACGUGGUGGCUGCACCGUAUGCCAUGUACAUCAGCUCCACACAGGUGCGAUGUGGCCUGCCACCCUUCGAGCUGCCAGGUAGCUCCAAUGUGAAGCUCCAAGUCUCCAACGACGGAGCCGAGUGGUCUCAGGAGAUCUUCGAGGUCUACAUCGUCUCAGCCCUGGAGCUGCGCCAGGUGACCUUGGCACCGAGCUUCGGGGUGCCCACGGGCAACGCCGUCCAGGUGACGACUGCCUCGUCCUUGCCGCGCGUGGCGACGCUGGGAUGUCUCUUUGGCUUGGGCACCGAGAGCCGUUCGGAGGCCAGCUGGAACGGACCGUUCGGAGCGCAGUUCGGAGCGCUGCUGCGUGGUGUGUUUCAAAAUGCUGAUGUAGUUUGGGGAGAUGUGGAGACGGAAACUCUUGGCUAUACGCCCACCGAAUGUGUAUGA